AGGUCUCACUCUUGCUUAAAUAUGUCUUCGCCCAAAUCCCGACCUCUGCCAGUGUUUUGACUUUUAAUCACUGAAACUCUCAUAUUCUUUGGUCCAAUAUCUUUUCUCCAACGCAGCCAACGCAGCCAAAGUAUUGGUUAAAUCUCGGUCUGAGGAGGAAGUGAAUUGUCGAACCAUUCAAGCAACGAUCUUUGGCGAAAGUUUCCCAAGCCGUGUGUAUAAAACAGUAGGCGGAAGACAGCGCGGCUCAUUAACACGGACUGCUCAGGUACCUGUGUCGCUAUGAGGCUGAGCGGCGUGCUGGUGUGUGUGCUCCUGCUGUGUGUGGAGGGGUCUCUGGGUGAUACACCUGCCAACUGCACCUACGAGGAGCUGCUGGGCACAUGGCUGUUCCAUGUGUCUAAAGGAGGCCACGAUAGGCAUGUCGACUGCUCCACUGAAGCCACGUAUGUGAGCACUGUGACCGUGACCCUGCAGAAACUGGCCGUCGCCACCGACCCGCUGGGGAACACCGGCUUCUUCACCAUCAUCUACAACCAGGGAUUUGAAGUGGUCCUCAACAACUACAAGUGGUUUGCCUUCUCCAAGUAUGAUGUAAAGAACGGCACUGUGACCAGUUACUGUGACCAGACUCUGCCGGGGUGGGUCCAUGAUGUCCUGGGAAACAACUGGGCCUGUUUUGUUGGGAAGAAAGUGCGGCCCGUCACAGCUCGAACAGACUACAGGAAGCUGUCCCACGCCAAUCAUCAGGAGUUGCUCCAGAGGCCUUAUAAAUCAAACCCUGAGUUCAUCAAGUCAAUCAACUCGUGGCAGAAGUCCUGGAGAGCUGUUUCCUAUCCAGAGCAUGAGGCAUUUACUCUGCAGGAGCUGUACUACAGAGCUGGAGGGCCUGCCUCCUCUAUCCCCCGCCGUGCCCACCCCACCGAUGCUCCGCUACUCAAGUUGAACAAACCUCUGCCCAAGCAGUGGGACUGGAGAGAUGUCAACGGUGUCAACUACCUGAGCCCUAUCCGAAACCAAGGAACAUGCGGUAGCUGCUACUCCUUUGCCACCAUGGGGUUGCUAGAGGCCCGCAUCCGAAUCCUUACGAACAACAGUGAGACUCCCAUCUUCAGCCCGCAACAAGUGCUGUCCUGCUCUCAGUAUUCACAAGAUUGUGAUGGUGGGUUCCCAUAUCUGAUUGGGAAGUACGUCCAGGACUUUGGUAUCGUGGAUGAGUCCUGCUUCCCAUACAUUGGAAAGAAAUCUCCAUGUAAGAUUCCUGAGAACUGUGGCCGUGUGUACACAGCAGAGUACAGCUACGUCGGUGGGUUUUAUGGUGGUUGCAGUGAGACGGCCAUGAUGGCAGAGCUGGUCGAGAACGGACCCAUGGCAGUGUCAUUUGAGGUGUACCCUGACUUCAUACACUAUAGAGGGGGGAUCUACUUCCACACUGGUCUCAGAGACACCGUCAACCCCUUUGAGCUGACCAACCAUGCUGUGCUUUUGGUGGGGUACGGCCAGGACGAGGAAACUGGGCAGAAAUACUGGAUUGUGAAGAACAGCUGGGGUACCCGCUGGGGCGAGGACGGCUUCUUCCGAAUCCGCAAAGGAAACGAUGAGUGUGCCAUUGAGAGCAUUGCGGUGGCAGUCAAGCCUAUAAUAAAACUUCAGAAGUUGUAAACCGAAGAGGGUGGGCAAGCGCAGGGAGGGGUUGGGUUAAGUCUCAUAUCUUCCCUUUUAUAUCUGCCAUUGUCUCCUGAAGACCUUAGAAAUGUAAUAAAACUCUUGAUGUUUAAUUGACACUUCAGGUAGCACUCUCCCAAACUUCUGAAACUGCCAUGACCACGAUAUAUCUCAUUUAAAAAAAAAAAAAAAAAAAAAGUACCUGAGCAUCACGAA